AUGGACUCUACUAUUACUUACAAUAAGAAUAAAAGGAAGAGAAAACGCGUUGUGGAAGAACAUAUUUCUAUUCUAAGUGAACCCGGUUCUAAGUAUUUGGGCCAUGUCACACCGGAAAGCGGAUCUGCAUGUCAUAUAAAACGGUCUUUGGUUAAUUUCUUGAAAGAAAAGUUUGACUCAACCGAACUUUCCGAUUUAGUAGCAGUUGGGACAGCUGAAACUGUUGUGAAUACGGGAGUGAAAAAUGGCGUUAUUCGUUUGUCGGAAAAGGAAUUAAAACGUCCCUUACAAUGGUUAAUUUGUUUAUUCCAUUUAAAUGAACUUCCUUUGCGACAUUUGAUUGGAGGACCUGAAAAGGAUAAGAACAAACUGUCAGGGACAGAAAAAAGAAAAGCUGACGAUGGUGAACCCAACAAAGAUUUGAAAAAGGCAAAACUGGAAACGAAAGCCCUCAAGGCUAAAAGACCCGGAUUCACCGACGAUCGCUACAACGAAACGUCGUAUUACAUUGAAAAUGGUCUACGAAAGGUCUAUCCAUAUUACUUCACCUUCACAACCUUCACCAAAGGUAGAUGGGUGGGUGAACGCAUCCUGGAUGUCUUCGCCAGGGAAUUCAGAGCACAUCCUGCCGAAGAGUACGAGAGAUGUAUUCAGGCUGGUACCCUAACAGUCAACUAUGAGAAGGUUCCUACAGACUAUAAGCUGAAACAUAAUGACUUGCUAGCCAAUGUAGUGCACAGACACGAGGUUCCUGUCACUAGCCAAGCGAUCACCAUUGUACAUAUGGACGAGGACGUUGUGGUGGUCAACAAACCCGCCUCGAUACCUGUUCACCCCUGUGGACGGUACAGGCACAACACCGUAGUCUUCAUACUAGCCAAGGAGUACAACCUAAAAAAUUUGAGAACAAUCCACAGGUUAGAUCGGUUGACCAGCGGUCUUCUGCUGUUUGGUAGAUCGCCUAAAAAAGCGAGACAAAUGGAACACCAAAUUAGGAAUAGAUUGGUAUCCAAGGAGUACGUUUGUAGAGUUGAAGGCGAAUUUCCUGAUGAAAUAUUACUGUGUAAAGAGCCCAUAGAAGUAGUAAGCUAUAAAAUUGGAGUGUGCAAAGUAUCGCCUAAAGGAAAGGAAUGCAGCACAUUCUUCCACAAACUGGGAUACAAUGGUAAGACUAGCAUCGUGCUUUGCAAACCGAAGACAGGCAGAAUGCAUCAAAUCCGUGUACAUUUGCAGUAUUUAGGUUAUCCUGUUGUCAACGACCCUCUAUACAACCACGAAGUGUUCGGUCCCCUAAAAGGCAAAGGAGGCGAUCUUGGCGGCAAGACAGACGACGAUCUAGUGAAAGAUUUAAUUCACAUUCACAACGCGGAAAACUGGUUGGGUAUGGACGGCGACAGUGAACUUUCCAUGUUCAACACCAGAAAGGACCUAGACGACUCCUUGGUUGGACCCCUGGUUCCUAAAAGUCGAGUACUGGGCGAUGAUGACGCAGAUCCUGUGUCUCGAGAACCUUCACCUUGCGACGAACCCUGUGACAGUAGAUCAUCACCUCCCGCUUGUGAAUCGGCACCAAGUCGUCUAACGAUGACGUCUUAUGGGAACAGAGCAGCUCAUGAUGCUAAGGUGACUGUGGCAACUCAGACAGGCCACGAAGCUCCAGAUUUUUCGUUUAAUCCUGACAAGAUGACAGUGGAUCAACACUGUUACGAGUGUAAAGUACGGUAUAGAGACCCCAAACCACAAGACUUGGUUAUGUACUUGCACGCAUGGAAAUAUAGGGGGCCUGGCUGGGAGUUCGAGACCGAGCUUCCUGAUUGGGCUAGAGUGGACUGGGUGGAACCAGACAUAUCCGAGUGAUAAUUGUCAAAGCGCUUGUCUUCACUAGUUCUGUAAGGCAUCUCUGAUCCGCUCUGUCUUUCCAUUGCUCUUAGAUUUUAUGUACGGGAGCCAACAAUUAGGAAUUCUCUCAACUUUAUUACUAUUUUUUCUAUUACGGACUCAUCUAGUAUUUUUUUAAUUAUCUGAAAACUUUACUAUCGAUAAAAGGCGUCUCAGUGGGCUUUGAAAUUAUAAUUUUUUUCUGAUUUCAAUAGUCACUGUGACGCUGUUUUUUUCUCGAUGAUAUGGUGGUAUAAAAAAAUUCUGGGCAAUCAAAAAAAUAAAUAUUAUUUAAAUCCAGUAAAAUUAUUUUGUUCCUUUAAUUUUCACUGUUGCAUUUCAUUUUUUAAUGUUGCUUUAAAUAAUUCUAAAAAAAUGCUUCGAUAUAAUGAGUUUUUACCAUAAUUUUAGGAUUGUUUUAAUAUAACAAUGUAAUUAAAAAAAUAUAUAAUGAGGCGAAUGUUGUUAAAUCUUCACUAUAAAAAUGUUUGCUUCCAUAUUAUAUUUGAUGCAAUUUGUCUUCAUAAAGUGUUCAGUAAAUGAAGAGAAUUCCUUUUUUGGUGCGCUCUAUAAUAAAGGGUAUAUUUUUCCGUAAAGGCAGGGUCCAAAUACAAUCAAGUAAAAAAUUGGCAUUUUUUGUUUACGUUUAUUCCUGUACUGUCAGUUUGGUUCAUUUUAAAAAUAGACAGGCGAAGACAAACUGUAUUUUAAAUCCUCCAAUAUAUUUUUUGUAGUAAGUUGUACGAUCGAAAAAAAAACGAUGUCAUAGUAAGCGUUGAAAUAAUAUUGUUUUUACAUAAUAUUCAAACAAAAUCUGUAGUAUUUUUGUGUCUAUUUAGAGAAUUUUGCAAGAAAUUGGGCAAAGAAAUUGAAAUAACAGCUACGAUGACAUCGUUUUUAUUUCAACGUACCUUAUAUUAGAAAUAAAUCAAAUAAUGACAAGUUACAUAGCAUAAUAUUGCGUCAUAUUAAAAGUACUUAAAUUGUGGUACUUCUGAGAAUCAUAGAAUCAUUACUGCAAGUCGGUACUGUAUAGUGCACGUAAGAAUACAUCAAUCAAAAAGUAUUUUUAUAAAUAUUGUAAAAAAAUCUAAAAAAUUCUAUCUGUACUUCAUCAUUAUAGGUGUCAAGUGCAUAGGUUAUUUGUCUAUUAGGUAAAAAUUUAUAGUGAAAUAACUUUUGUCAUUUUUACAUAACAUAUAGCGGUCUAGUGAUUAAUUAGUGUCAACUUAUUUUUCAUAAUUUUUAAAUAAUCUCUAAAAAAAUAAUAUAGUUCAGUCAUUGGAGAUUUUUGCUUGGAAAA